GUUCAUGUGAAGAUCAGGGACAGAAGAGGGUGGAGAACGAUGGAGAGAUAAGCAGAGCAUCUCUUCUUUCUGCUGUGAAUCUGUUGAUUCUGUUUCAUGGUGAAGGAGGUCACAUCGCAGGCAGAAGGCCCAGUUCCUCUCCAGCAGGACAAAAAAGACACACCUCCCCAUCCUCAUCCUUUUUGUCUGCUACCCCACUGGGUGAGCAUCACCCAAAAAGGAGUUUUGUUUUGGGUGAGGCUUAUAAAUGCAUCAAAGCCUCGGUCCAGAAGCCCAUUUUUCUAAAGUUCUUCCUCAGUAAAGCUGUGACACUCAGAAGGAGCGAUGUUGGAGAGCGUGGUAGGACUGCUGGUCCUGUCGUCCGUCUGCUCAUCCAUGAUGGUGCAGAACAACUCCAAUUAUCUGUUAGAAAUUGAAGGCUCUACGCCUGACCCAAACACCCACAACAUGCCAGACUUGUCAUCUCACGGCACCCGUUCCGGACCCAUGCAGCUACCCCCCACAGAGCCCCAGUGGCCUCCUGGUCCCAACAUGACUGGUAACAACAUGCGGAUGUUGCUGCCCGAUAGCACCAACUCGCCGAUUCUACCAGAACCGGAUACGACCAUCUGCGACUUGCUGUUUAGUGCUCCGGUACCACCGUCAAUCGACCAGAUCCCGUUGUUCUGCAUCUGUUCCCAUUGCAAAGGAACCACUGGACCCAAGGGGGACAGUGGAGACAGAGGCCUUCCAGGUGAACCUGGAAGCCCAGGAAGAAGAGGAAUGACUGGAUAUAAAGGCUACAGAGGAUUCACAGGCCCCCAGGGUAUUAAAGGUCAGAAAGGAGACUUUGGGGAGAAGGGUGUGCCUGGUGAUGCUGGCUUCACUGGAAGAAAGGGCGAACGUGGAUUCAAAGGCGAGAAAGGGGACCAAGGAGACAUGGGCCCCCCAGGUUCACAGGGCCCUCAGGGAGAAACUGGCACAUGCCCUGCCACUUGUGAGAGCGUUCCUGGACCACCAGGAAUACAGGGGCCACCCGGACCUGUUGGAGCCCGAGGCCUUCCUGGUGUCGAGGGAGCCUUGGGACCCAAAGGUCUAAAGGGUGAUAAGGGGGACAUGGGUACACCUGGGGUACCUGGUUCAGAAGGUUUAAAGGGUGACCAAGGAGAGCAGGGGGUGUGUGAUUGCAAAGAUGGAAUAAAUGGUACAGAUGGGGUUCCAGGACAAAAAGGUAGUAAAGGGGAAAAGGGCGACACUGGUACACAGGGCAUACAGGGCCCCAUUGGGAGCAAAGGUGACCAAGGUAAUAUGGGUCUCAUGGGGCCUCCUGGUCCUUGCUCUCCAGCCAUCCAGUCUGCAUUCUCUGCGAGUCUCAACCAAUCCUUCCCCCCUGCAAAUUGGCCCGUAUUUUUCCCCAACGUCCUGCUUAACAUGCAGGGCCACUUCAACCCAUCUAUGAGCAUCUACACAGCUCCAAUCAAUGGCACCUACGUCUUUUCCUACAACUUUGCAACCGCCCAAAAGCCACUUAAAGUGGGUCUCUUCCGGAACUUCUACCCUAUCGUCCGAUCCACAGAAGUAUCCAACCUCGCAACAGCCAGUCAGACGGUGGUCCUCCACCUCACUGCAGGAGACAUGUUGUGGAUCCAGGUGAAGGACACAACAACCAACGGCAUGUAUGCUGACGGUGAAAGCAGCAGUACGUUCUCCGGGUACCUGCUGCACCCCGACUCCUGUGAUAUGGCCAUGGGCAGGCAAUUCAUUCCCCCCAUUAAUUACCCCACAGAUGGUUUUAGCUGGGACGGUCCUGCCCCCAAGCCCACUGGCAGUCCAAAUUAAGCUUUAACCUGGAGCUCAUAUUAGAUGAAACACCAACAAACAUCCAAUCAAGCAUUAUAUUCAUCUAUACCUGCAUAUUCUAAAAGAGGGGUAUUUUUAACUUUUAAUGAGAGUUUCUGUCACUCUGUGGCUUCAAAAAUUUGUUUCCCUCAUUUUAUCAGAUUUAAAGGGAUCCAUUCUAUCCUCUAAGAAUUUUUUUAAGUAUUUUUUGAGACACACCACCAGCAGAAAAUGUAGAAAAACAUAAAACUAUGUUCUUGUCUGUAUUAACAAACUUGCAGUCAUUCCUAUCCAAGUGUCUUGAGUAAGAAUCAAUGACAUACAAAAACGCAAAAAGUAUUUUAUGAUCUAUUUUUGUAAAGCACUUUGUGAUUCUUUCUGGGAAAAGUGCUAUAGAAAUAAAGAUAUUCUAUUCUAUUGUACUUCCUCAAUGUGAAACUUGUACUAGUUUGGGUGAACACACAUAGCAAUGGUAAAUGUUUUAUACCAGUUAGGUGAAAAACACCUGUCCAUCUCUUAUGGCACAUUAGAUAGAACACUGUCACACAGUAGUUGAAAGACACUUCUCGAAAGUCCUGCAGAAAAAUGUGAAAUCUGUAAACCAAUUUUUUUUUGGCUAAACCAGCAUCAAAAUAUUGGAAUAUAAUUGAUUUUGACACAAAUUAAAGCCCAUUUGCAGAAUUGACGCAUAACGUUUUUGCUUAUCAAUGCUUUAUUCAUUUGUUUGACUAGAAGUCUGUCUUUUGGCCAGCUCAGCAUGUUCUAGUGGGAAUUUUUUUUUAAUGUGUUCCUCAAGAUAAACAGUUGUGAUGAAGAAAGCCCUACUUGGUUUAUUUGAAGAAGGACCUUAACAGACAGAAUCAUGUUUUUUUUCUUCACUUUUUGCUGUUUUCAGAAACAGCACACACCCAAGACAUUUUAGAUCAGGAAUUUAUUGGCUGUCUUUUAAUAUAUAAAAACAAUUCUUAAUAUUUUACAGUAACUUUAGGAAUGAAAAGAUGGUAAAAGUAAGCAGAGAGUAAUUUUACUUGUAAGUAAAAUAUAAGGAAAUAAGAAAAGAAACAUUUGUAGCCCCUAAUCCUGUUUUGAAUGCAUUUGGGAACAUGUUUACAGCACAUUAUGUUUGUCUUCAGGAAGAAUAAAUCAUAAAUGAACCAAGAAACAAAGUUUUUGAUGUUAGUUUCUUCAUCCACACAUAGGAUAUGUGUCAGUAUAUUCAGUUAAAAGAAAAAGAAACAGAAAAUACCCCUCUUCUAGAUUCUAUAAAAUUCAUUCUUUAGAUUCUAGAUUACAUUGAGAGGAGGGUUAUGCUGAACAGACUGAAUCCUGUAUGAAAAUAUAGAUCAGAGGAACCCUCCUCUAAUGUUAAAUGUUUUCAAAUCAUUUAGGAAAUUAACCUAUUUUGUUGAAUCAUUUUAAUCAGCUUACUUUGUUAGAAAUUGGUCUUUUAAAUAAUAAAUCUCGCCAAAGCUAACGCUUUAACGUGAAGUCCUACAACUUUUUUUUGAACUGAUUCAUUUAAAAACGACAAAGUAAUUCUGAAGUUUAAAGUGAAAAAUUCAGAUAAAAGUUCUAAAUAAGAUUGAAAUCAGAUUCUGAUGAUGAUCAUCUGAUUAAUUUUUUGUAUUUAUUUGUUCAUUUUUCUGUUUGAAGAGAAAUCUAUUUUCUGAAAUGACAUUUACACAAAUAAAGUCUUCCUGUAUUCAUUUGAUGAAAUGCUGAUUCUGAGACAGAAAAAGCGAAGAAGUGAUGCAGAGGAGUGAGAGAGGGAGAGAGGAGAUUGUACACUGAUGGGCCUUUUGUCUGAAAAAUAUCUAUGAUCGUGUGACGUGCGGCUGUGGAACACUGAGGAUGUUAGAAGAACUCUGAAUUUUAGUGAAUUCUGAAAUAAAAUUUCACAAAUGAACUGCAGAUUUUUGAAAGUGACUAAUGUUAAAACAUAUAAUCUGUGUUUGUGUAAAAUACUAAAAAAUGGCAGAAAGGCAUUAGUAUUAUUUUGGUUUAUGAAUUAAAAACCAGAGAUUUGACUCAUUGCUGCUGCACUGGACUAAAGAGUAAAGAGUUUAAAGAAAAGCUAUAAGUUGUUCUUUAAACUGAAAGUCAGAAUGGACCCUACAAAAAAAUUAGCAUAUUUUGACUAUCACAUAAGUUGUGACUUCAGAAAACAAUUGGGAUUUUUGUCUCAAAGGUUUGUCUUUAAGGAUAGAAUCUCAAUGGAGGGGCGGGGUCUGCUAUCUGGCCCCGCCCCCCUAAACUGCUGUGGAGAGCAGGAGAAAAGACUCUCCUGCCUUUUCUUCUUUUAAGAAACAUCAAAUUUGGAUGUUUUUUUUUUGUUGUUGUUUUUUUGCUCCAGAAAGGUUUUUACCACAUAGAGGUAUUAAAGUGGCAGGUUCUUAGAUAUUUUCUGAAACUGUUUUCAAGUAAAAAAAAAAAAAAACAAAACAAACAAAAAAAACUCAAUUCUGUACUUCUAUUUACUAUAAGUAUUACUAUUAUGUCCAAAGAUUAAGGCAUAUUUCGGGGAUAACAAUAAAAAAGUCUGUCCUGUUCAUUUCACAGGAUUUCUUUAUGAAACAUUCUCAUCACAUGUUUUAGAUUAUCUGAUUUCACCUAAAGUAAUAUAUAUUUUUUUUCAUUCGUAUUUUCAUUUGGUUGAACAACAACAACAACAACAAAAAAGAAAAGAUUGAGCAUCUUCAAUUACAAAAACCACCAUAAGUAGAAGUCCUCCCUUAUUGUUUUUCAUGUGAAAACUAAAAAGCACUAAAGAGAUAAAGAAAAAUAAGAAUAAGUGCAAAAAAUUAAGUUUACUUUACAAAAUUAAAGGAACCUUAAAUAGAUUAGUCACUGGAAACAUGAACCUCUAAUGAUACCUUUUCCUUAAAAUUACAUUUGUUGUAAUAAAAUGGUUCAUUUGCAAUAAAUGAGGUCAUCAUGGUUGCUUUUGGAUGGAGCUCAAAAACAAAGAACAGAAAAUUCACAAAUGUGUCAGCCUGGAUUUAUUUCCCAAAUGUUCAAAAACAGGAAAAAAAAAACAUUUUCAAAUAUAAGUAAAAUGUCAACAUUGAAAAUGCUGCUAAAGAUGAGUUCUGCUGGUCAGUUUUCAGAUUAAAGG